AUGGAUGGCGAUACCAAGCACCAAAACAACCAACAGGAAGACAUGUCUGCCUCGAAAAAACGCAAAAUCACUGGCGACGAUGCGUUUUCAGAUGCAGAGGCAGUCUUGAAUGCCACGAACGGACUGGCUGCUCAGUCAAAAAAGCCGAGGCUGGACGAAUCCAACCGCUUUUCCACGGAUAGAUCACUCCUGCCCACUGAGAUUUGGCACCACAUCUUUUCCUUCUGCCCCCCUAGGACGUUGGGGAAUUUGUUGAUGGUCAACAAAUUGUUCAACGCCUACCUAGAUCCGGCUUCGCCUGUCGUGGUGGAAAAGCGUCCACCACCGCUGGCCAAGUCUGUCGUCAAAGCCAUAAAGCCAAAUGAUAUUUGGCGCAAUGCACGACGCACCUUUUGGCCAAACAUGCCUGCCCCUUUGAAGGAAAAGACGGAGCUGGACAUGUGGCGUCUUGCCUGCUCAUCGACCUGCCAGUUUUGUGGCAAGCGGGACACGCGACGCACGUUUCCUGCGACGGACCCUCUUCGCGGACCAGGCCUCGAUGGUGUGGCCCGUGUCUGGGAGUUCCGAGAAAUGGACUUGGUUUUGUCGGCUGGUUCAACGUUCCUCAUUCCAGCCCUUCAAUUUGUGUUUGUCACCUCACUAGCCUGUGUUGUCCCACUUCACGUUAUAGAACGAGGCCAGCUUCCGGCUUCGUCAACAUUGACAAAGUUGUUUUGGGCGUCUGACGUUGAGAGCCUACGCGAGGAGUUUGCGUCGGUGAGAGAGAUCGGUGCUCCUGCAGCAGAGGAAUGGCAGAAAGGCUUAUCGAAACGAGGCUCUGACCAACGAGUCAAUAUCGCAAAAUGGGAAAAGUAUGACGACUCUGGUGGUGUUGCCAACAUGAGAAUGCUUCUGCAUCCAGAUGUCAAGGGCCAGCCUCCUACUGUUCUGGAGCCGACUCAACGUACUGAGCUCACACAACCCCCAAUUAAAAAUCAAGAUCCAGAGGGAAAUAUUAUGCCCGCGUCUGCCACGGCUGUCGAAGGACAAAAGCUGGUUUCGACUUGUGUGGCAAAGCCUCCCGAUCCACCGGCCAAAAAAGAAAAGACGUCCGAAGAAAUUGACGCUGAAUGGGAUCUGAUACAAGGUCCUGUCCGACUCAAGAUCCUUCGAUACGCUGACGAAGCAAUCAUUGGUGACUGGGACGAUGGUGAUAAGGUGACGAAAGACAAUGCUCCGGCGUUUGCUGCCGAUGUCCUGCUUCAUGUACGAAAACGGUUCUACACGGAAGUCGAAAACGACGCAAAGGCGGCACGGGCGUUCGGUCGAGAGCCGACCGUUGACCCUGUUGGCGGACCGUUCACCCAAAAGCUCACAUUGGAGAAUCUGAAGUACGUGUUUGACGUCAAAGUCAAGCCGAUCACGUCCAAAUUUCGCACCGAUUUGUUCCUUUGCCCUGUUUGCGAUGCAAGCAUGAAAUUCUUCGGUUUUGAGGGCGCCAUUCAGCACUACGCAGCGAAGCACACGAAUAUCCUUAGUGUUGGCAAUAUCGUUGUUUACUGGAGGGCCGAGUGGCCAGAGGACCCCCCGUUCCGGCCAAAUCCUCGCACUGCUAAGGGCACAGGUUUGCCGGUGCCACUACCUCAAUCUCCGACAGCAAAGCUUCCAAAUCAGCGAGGCCCCGGCCCGGCGGCUAAGCGCUCUGGCAAGGACCAUCAACAAUUUGGUGCUGCACAGACUCUGCACUACCAAGGAUCGGCGACUCAAUUCCCGCCGCCACCAUCACAACUCCAGUCUAGUCAUGUCCAACCGACGCAAUUCCAUAUGCAGGCCAAUCCAGAUGACGGUAGUCUCUACAGUGGACCGUCCUUUGGUCCUAAUUCGCAACAAGGUGGUUUCUCUUUUGGCGCUCCCUCGUACCACAACCCAGUCGGACAACGGACGGGGCCAGGUUCGUUCCAACCGCCGCCGGUCUACCAGCGUGCAUCUUAUGAACCACUCGCUGGAGGAGCGAAUCAAGAUGCUCGUUCUUUCUCCACUGGACCGCCAGCACAGCCUUCUGUUUUUGAGGCUCCGGGACCAGUUGUUCCCCCGGAACAUCAAGCUUUGAACCCCUUCAUCUCGAAAGAGCCUUAUCAGGCCCAUUCUUCUGCUGUGGUCCCGUCCAAUCCGGUUGACCAAGCUCCGAAAUCGCCCUACCAAGAACGGCUUGAUGAGCUUGUACGAUACGCACGUGUACUGUGGAAGGAUCUGCUGCCUCUCCCUCGCAUCCCUGAUGUUGUCAGAAUCCAGACUUUACUCUUUCAUGCAAACAAACACUACCAUCAAAUGUUUGGCGCACAGUUGCCAUUGACCCUCUUCAAAGAUAGAAUCUUGAAGUCCGUGGGUAUGGCACCCAUUGGCAUCAUUCAGAAACUGCGCUGUUUCGCCUGUACUAGAGGCCUUGACCCUGUGCAGCACAACAAGAAAGAACAGAUUUUGUUCACAUUUGCGGAACUUAUGACGCAUUUUUCUCAAGCACACAUUGAGGGUCGGACAAAAUGGUCGAACCCAUUCAAUGUGAAUCCAAAUGCGGCCAAUCUGCCUCGUAACUGGUUGACUGAGAUGCUGGCCCUUCCUCCCAAGCAUGAACUCGCUAAUAUGGCCAAGGCACCGCGUGGAAAGACCAUCCGGCUUGUCCUGGCUGAAGCAAUCCAAGAUGCUAUUAACCAUCAACAGGACAGCGUCACGGAAUCUGAAGCGCAGAAACCAAACCCAGAACCUGCAGCCGCGCAUACGGAGAACGGCGGCCUUACUUGGAGACAUGCAGAUGGCGCUGCAAGACCGAAAGCGACCGGACCUUCACGUCUAUCGAAGACUUCAACAAGUGUUGUCCUGCCUCGCGAAAAUCGAGUGCCGGACGUCAAUCUUAAGCCGAAAUCCCAAAAGGCGCACGAAAGGGGAAAUGGUAGUCAACCUGUGGGAAAACCUGCAAAAAAUUCAGUGGAGAAUCUAGCAGAGAAGCCUGCAAUUACUAUCAAGGAAGAAGUGCAAGAACAUAACCAUGUUCCACUACCCGUACGUGUUCCUGCCGCACCAGAAGGCAAGCAGGAUUUAUUGGGGGCACUUGAGGCGCACUUGGAUGGUAAGCCAUUCACCCGUACGUCGGCAGCAAGAGAGCCGCCACCGCCUGUUCAUCCCCUAGCCCGUGUGGUGUACGUUGACGAGUACGGCCGCGAAGUCGUUCCGAGACGCGCCGACCAACGCGACUUGUAUCGUGGUGGCCGCGAUCACCCUCGCGACGGCGAGCGGUAUGGUCGAUAUGUUGCGGUUGAGAGUGGCGAGCCGUAUCAGAGACAGGCACGAUCACCUCCUGCAAACCAAGGCAGCUACGGUCCACCAUCUCGUGCCCCUACUGGGCAGUACUGGAACCGCAGCCCACCCCUAGCGCGACGAUACGCCGACGAGCCAGUGUAUUCCGGAUUCCCCAUGGGCUACGAGGACGCGUAUGAACGUGGUGCGCUGCCUGGACCGCACCAUCAUUAUGCCCGCGCCCAGCCACGCCAAGAGCACUAUUUAGACUAUGCCGAUAGGGCGGGUCGUGCGGAGGUGGCCUACCGACCAGCAGACUAUGACUCAUACGAAACUUACGAAGUCGUGCAGGUUACUGGACCAGAAGGCGAGUACCUGGUCAGACGUCCGGUGCGACGGGAGGCACCGCCUGCUGGCCAGAGGGGUUCUGGGCGCCACUAUCCGUCCUCGACAGUCACCCCUGCACCCGUACCGUAUGAUGGUGUCGGCGGAAGGGAUGCUGGUGGCAUUGUGCGACACGAUCACACUGAAAGCUACCGCGGAUCAGGCUACGGCGCACAGUCCGAAUCCUACGGUGCCGGAAACCUGGCGUACGAACGACGCGUUGUGGGCGAAGGACCAGAAGCAGUACCACACCACUCGGUGGCACGGUCAAACCCGGCCUAUUAUGACGAGUAUGACCCGCACAACCCAUCGAGUGGAGGGGCGAUGCAGAGGGCACCGAGUCAGAUACAGUACCACUAG